AUGUCCGCGUCCGAGUCUGCCCCGUCCGCGCCGCCCGUCAAAGGGAUGCGUAAAAACGGGAAAAACUGGCAUGAUUCGAAGAAGCCUUUCCGCCCGACCGCGGGUAUGACAUCGUAUGCGAAGAGACUGGAAGCCCGCAAACACCAGGAGGCUGUCAAGGAACAUGAACGGGAAUUGAAGGAGGAGAAGGAGGCCGAGCGGCAGGCACACAUCCAACGCAUCAAGGACCGUCGAGCGGCCAAGGAGGAGAAGGAACGUUAUGAUAAGAUGGCCGAAAAGAUGCAUCGCAAGCGGGUCGAGCGACUGAAGAGACGGGAGAAGCGCAACAAGUUGUUGAACUCGUGA